AUGUCCUCGACAUAUGAUGAGAAAUCGACUUUAUCAAAAGCAGAACUACAAAGGCUGGUAUCAUCUGAUGAUCCACUGAUUUCGUUUAAGAAGCCAAGUAAUAAACGUAGUGACUGUUGGACCAAUUUUUCUCAAGUUUAUCAUUCAAAUAAUGCUCAAGAUUACAUCGUUUGUUUGGUAUGUAAAUCUAUAUUGAAAUGGACCAAGGAUCAAGGUACACGAGUAAUGACUCAUCACAACUGUGUUAAGGUCAAAUCUCCAUCGACCACUCCAACUCGACAAAGAACGAUAUCAUCUUACUGCACACAUCCUUCAUUAUCCAAAGAAUGUCCAUUGAUUCGAAAACGCAUUACUGAAGUCUGCGUCGAAUAUUGUGCACUUGAUGGACGCUCGUUUGAAAGUGUAGCUGGUACUGGAUUCAAAGCACUGGCCAAACAAUUGGUGAAUGCUGGCGCUACUUUGGGUACAUCUGUAAACGUGACUGAGUUAUUACCUGACCCGAGCACAAUUAGUCGUAACGUUGAACAAGUUUAUUUUAAUCUAAAGAAACAAUUAAUCUCUUUAUGCGUAUCGUUGGAAUGCUUUUCAAUCACGUGUGACUUUUGGACAGCAAAAUUGACCGGAGUUCAUUAUGGUGGAAUAAGCCUUCAUUACGUCGACGAACACUCUCAACUGCGUAUGUUCACCUUAUCAUGCCAAGCAUAUGAUUUUGAAACUCAGCAUGCAAUUAAUUUACGUUCAUUUGUUAAUAAAGUAUUACAAGAAUAUGGUCUCCAUUUAAAUGAUGAAAUAUUCGUUGUAACUGACAACGAAAACAAGAUGAAGAGCGCUUUUAAAGAUGAUUGUAUACGUGUUGGAUGUAGUGCACAUUACUUGAACAAGAUUCUCGAACAUGCAUUCCUGAACAAAAGCAGUAAAUGCGAAGGUGCACAAUUAUUAUUCAAAUUAGUUCGAGCAAUUAUAACUAAUAUUCGUCAAUCGCAUAAACAAUCGCUGUUAUCAACUGCUCCCAUUAAUUAUUCGAAUACACGCUUCAGUGGUGUUUAUCUCAUGUGCAAUUCUUUCUUGAAAGUUUACUAUGAGUUACCAAAAAUUCUUGGCGACGAACAAAAGAAAAGUUAUUUGGAAAUUGAUCACGAAAGCUUGCAAUCAUUAUGCAAAUACUUAGCGGAGUUUUUCAAAGUUAUCGAAAAGUUAAGCUGUGAGAAAAAGCCAACCAUACAUCUCGUUGUUCCGUAUAAACAAUAUUUGAUUAAUUUGUCUGUUGUCAAUGAUAACGAUAAUCAUGUGAUGGCGCCAUUGAAACGAUAUAUUGGUAAAGAAUUACCUGAUUAUUGGGUUUUGAAAGAUAUCCAUUUCAUUGCAACGAUGUUACAUCCAAAUUUGAAAAGUUUUAAUCAUACACCAAACCAAAAAUAUCAUGCAGAAGCAUUAUUGAAAGAAGAGUUUGAUAAAUGUCAACAAAACCAACACCCACAAGCAUCCUCAGCAACUCAAAACAACAAAAGGAAACAAACCCAACAGAACAACACAAAAUUAAUGCCAUCUCUCGAUGACAUAUUUGAUUUACCCACGGCACCUGAUGAAUCAUCAAAUACGCCCGAAUUAAAAUCAGAAUUCGAUCGAUACUUAGAAGAUAAAACGAAAAUUGCUAAAGAUGCGGAUGUAUUAACUUUUUGGGAAAACCACGAAUCAUCGUAUCCGACAUUAGCGAAAAUAGCUAAACGUGUCUUAUCGAUUCCAGCUACUAACACGGCGGUCGAAAGACUUUUCUCAGACAGUGGAAAUACGAUUACAAAUCGUCGCACACGUUUACAGACUAGUAAAGUGAAUCAAUUGCUAUUUAUACGUCGAAACUUAUCACAGUUAAAAGAAUUAUUUCCAACUUCUCUCAUACAAACAAGAAAAAGGACAAUUAGUGAUGCGUCCGUUACACCAAGCAAGAAACGAAAAUUCUCAAUAGAAGAUUGUGAUAAGAGCUCAUCACAAGAAUUUGAUAUUGAUGAUUUGCCACAAGAGGAUGUUUUCGAUAAUGUACUACAAGAAGAUGCUAUCCACGAGUCUUUUCAACACGACAUUGGUGAUGGAAUGUCGCAAGAUGAUAAUGAAGAAGAAAACUAUUUAUGA